GGCUACCGACGUGCGAAGGACGAAGAGCGCAGGAUGGCCGACUUGCCGAUUACCUUUGGCGAAGUCCUCAAUCUGGGGACGCUCGGCGUCAACCUGGACUAUGUCAAAUUCGGGACGUGCGCAAUGGAGAGCGACAAGUUCAUCACGGUCUGCGAGACCGUGAACGGCCAGGCGAACGUCGUGAUCGUCGACAUGGCCGCGGGCAACAACGUGCAGCGCCGCCCGAUCGCGGCCGAGGCCGCGAUCAUGAACCCGUUGACCAAGGUCAUUGCGCUCCGCGCCGGGUCGCAGCUCCAGAUUUUCAACAUGGAGCUCCGCGCCAAGAUGAAGUCGCAUCAGAUGACGGACCCGAUUGUGUUUUGGCGGUGGAUCACGCCCAACACGAUUGGCAUGGUGACGGCCACGGCUGUGUACCACUGGAGCAUCGAAGGCGACUCGGCGCCUGCCAAGCAGUUUGACCGCCACGCCAACCUUGGCCCGAACACGCAGAUCAUUAGCUACGAGACGUCGCCCGACAACCAGUGGCUCUUGCUCGUCGGUAUCUCGGCGGGCGAGGGUGGCCGCAUUGAAGGCAACAUGCAGCUCUACUCGAAGGACAAGAAGGUCAGCCAGGUGCUCCAGGGCCAUGCCGGGACCUUUACCAACAUGAAGCCCCCGGGCCGCACCGACGAAGCCCAAGUGCUGUGCUUUGCCGGUACCAAGGGCGACGCGCCGUUGCAGCUCUUUAUCAUGGAAGUCGGCACAAACGCUGCGGGCCAGACGUUCCGGCUGCCGCCCCAGCCGAUCCCGUUUGCUGCGGACGCCGUCAACGAUUUCCCCGUCUCGAUGAUGGCGGCGCCCAGCGAUGAUAUCAUUUACAUGAUCACGAAGAUGGGCUACUUGUUCCUCUUCGACAUUCACACUGGCAAGCCCGUGUACCGCGCGCGCGUCGCCCAGGACACGGUCUUUGUCACGGCCCUGCAUACGGCGUCCAAGGGUAUGCUCGGUAUCACGCGUCGCGGCCAGCUGCUCCAGUUCUCGAUCAACCAGCAGAAGCUCGUCCCGUACAUUGUGGGCACGCUCCGCGACUCGCAGCUUGCGCUCCAGCUCGCGACGCGCCUCAACCUUCCUGGCGCCGAGGAGCUCUACUUUACCGAGUUCAACCGUCUCGUGGGCAUGAACGACGUGCAGGGUGCCGCGCGCCUGGCUGCCGUGUCGCCGCAGGGUGUCUUGCGCACGCCGCAGGUGAUUCAGCGCUUCCAGCAGAUGCCCGCGCAGCCCGGCCAGCCGUUGCCGCUCCUCCAGUUCUUCAGCGUCUGCUUGGAGAUGGGCACGCUCAACAAGUACGAGUCGAUCGAACUUGCGCGCCCCGUGCUCAUGCAGGGCCGCGGCCAGCUGCUGCAAAAGUGGCUCUCGGAGGACAAGCUCGAGUGCUCGGAAGAGCUUGGUGACAUGUGCGCGCAGUCGGACACGACGAUGGCGCUCUCCGUGUACCUGCGUGCCAACGUGCCGGAGAAGGUCAUCAACUGCUUUGUCCAGCGCGGCGAGUUUGACAAGAUCGUCGCGUACGCGUCCAAGACCAACUACCGCUGCGACUACACGUUUAUGCUCCAGAACCUCGUGCGUGCGAACCCGCAAGGCGCGCUGGACUUUGCGCAGAAGCUCGCGACGGCCGAGAACGGCCCGCUUGUCGACAUUGCGUCGGUCGUGGACAUUUUCAUGCAAGUGAGCCGCGUCCAGGAGACGACCGCGUUCCUCCUCGAAGCGCUCAAGAACAACCGCCCGGAAGAAGGCCCGCUCCAGACGCGACUCCUCGAGAUCAACCUCCUCGGCGGGUCGCCCCAGGUCGCGGACGCGAUCCUCUCGAACAACAUGUUUUCGCACUAUGACCGCCCGCGCGUCGCGCAGCUCUGCGAGAAGGCCGGCCUCUUCCAGCGCGCGCUCGAGCACUACACGGAGCUCGCGGACCUCAAGCGCGUCGUUGUCAACACGCACGCGAUCAACCACGAGUUUAUCGUGACGUUCUUUGGCACGGUCAACGCCGAGGUCUCGAUGGAGCUCAUCAACGCGCUCCUUGGCCACAACUUGCGCCAGAACAUCCAGAUUGUGGUGCAGGUCGCGACCAAGUAUGUGGAGCAGCUCGGCGCCAAGCAGAUCAUUGAGAUGUUUGAGAAGUACAAGUCGUUUGACGGCCUCUACUACUUUCUCGGGUCGGUCGUCAACUUUUCGCAAGAGCCCGAAGUGCACUACAAGUACAUUGAGGCCGCGACCAAGAUGGGCCAGUUCAAGGAGGUCGAGCGCGUCUGCCGCGACUCGGCGGUGUACGAUCCCGUCAAGGUCAAGGACUUUCUCAAGGAGUCGAAGCUCCAGGACCCGCGCCCGCUCAUCCACGUGUGCGACCGCUAUGACUUUGUCGAGGAGCUCACGCAGUACCUCUACUCGAACAACCUUCUCAAGUACAUUGAGGUGUAUGCGACUAAGGUCUCGCCGCAGAAGACGCCGCUUGUCGUCGGCAAGCUUCUCGACUUGGACUGCAACGAAGACUACAUCAAGACGCUUUUGAGCCAGAUCCCGCAGACGCCCGUGGACCAGCUUGUCGAAGAGGUCGAGAAGCGCAACCGCCUUCGCCUCCUCCAGCCGUGGCUCGAGGCGCGCGUGACGCAGGGCAACACGGAGCCCGCGACGCACAACGCGAUGGGCAAGAUCUACGUGACGCUCAACCGCGACCCGCAGCAGUUCCUCGUCAACAACCCGUACUACGAGCCGGCGGUCGUCGGUAAGUUUUGCGAGAAGCUUGACCCGGCGCUCGCCUUCUUGGCGUACCAGCGCGCUGGCGGCGCGUGCGACGACGAUCUCAUCCGCGUCACGACCGAGAACUCGCUUUUCAAGGACCUUGCGCGCUACCUCGUGCACCGCCAGGACCUCGAUCUUUGGGGCAAGGUGCUCGUGAAGGCCGUCGAGGGCGAAGUCGAGGCGCCGAACCGCCGCGCGCUCAUUGACCAAGUCGUGCAAACAGCGCUUCCGGAGGCCCGCAACCCGGACGAGGUGUCGACGACCGUCCGCGCCUUUAUGAACGCCGAGCUCCCGAACGAGCUCAUUGAGCUCCUCGAGCGCAUCGUGCUCCAGGGCACGGACUUUUCGACCAACAAGAACCUCCAGAACUUGCUCAUCCUCACAGCCAUCAAGGCGUGCAAGGAAAAGGUCAUGGACUACGUCAACCGCCUCGACAACUUUGACGGGCCCGAGAUUGCGCGCAUUGCGGUCGGCGAGCAGUACCAGCUCUACGAAGAGGCGUUUGUCAUCUACAAGAAGACCAAGUUCAACGGCGAAGCGAUUGGCGUGCUCCUCGACUACAUUCGCGAUAUGACGCGCGCGUACGAGUUUGCCGACCGCUGCAACGAGCCCGACGUGUGGUCGAAGCUCGCCAAGUCCCAGCUCGACAACAACAACUUGCACGAUGCGCUCGCGUCGUUCAUCAAGGCUGGUGACCCGUCGGCGUACGCCGACGUGAUUGCGACGGCCGAGCGCGACGGCAACUGGGCCGACCUCAUUGACUACCUUCGCAUGGCCCGCAAGACGGUCAAGGAGCAGCACCUCGAUACGUCGCUCAUCUACGCGCUCGCCAAGACGGAAAGUACGCGGAGCUCGAGGAGUUUAUCUCGGCGCCCAACGUGGCGCAGAUCCAGAACACGGGCGAGCGCCUCUUUGCCGAGGGCAUGUUCAACGCGGCGAAGCUCCUCUUCCAGAACAUCAACAACAACGCCAAGCUCGCGAUCUGCUACGUGCGUCUUGGCAAGUUCCGCGAAGCCGUCGACGCGGCGACCAAGGCCAACUCGGUCGGUACGUGGAAGGAAGUCAACUAUGCUUGCGUGGACGUGAACGAGUUCCGCCUCGCCGGCCUCUGCGGUCUGCACAUUAUCGUGCACCCGGACCACUUGGAGGAGCUCAUCCUCAACUACGAGCGCCGCGGCCACUGGGCCGAGCUCCUCAAGCUCAUGGAGCAAGGUCUUGGCCUCGAGGGCGCGCACGCGGGUAUCUUUACGGAGCUUGCGAUUUUGUACUCCAAGUACAACCCGGCCAAGCUCAUGGAGCACAUCAAGAUCUUCCACAGCCGCAUGAACGUGUCAAAGAUUCUGCGGGCGUGCGAGAAGGGCUUGCAUUGGGACCACGCCGUGUACCUCUACAAGGAAGAUGGCCAGUUUGACAAUGCGGUGCGCACGAUGGUCGACCACCCGGUCGCGUUUGCGCACGACCUCUUCCUCGACUGCAUCCAGAAGGUGCGCAACCAGGAGAUCCACUACAAGGCGAUCCAGUUUUACCUCGAGCAACACCCGCUCGAGCUCACGCGCCUCCUCCAAGUGCUGACGCCAACCUCGACCACGCGCGCGUCGUGCACCAGCUGCGCAAGUCGGACAACCUCCCGCUCGUCAUCGAGUACCUCAAGGACGUGCAGAAGGAAAACCUGUCGGCGGUCAACGAAGCGCUCAACGAGAUCCUCACGGACGACGAAGACUACCAGGGCCUCCGCGACUCGAUCGACUCGUACGACAAUUUCGACCAGAUUGCGCUCGCGCAAAAGGUCGAGAAGCACGAGCUCCUCGAGUUUCGCCGUAUCGCUGCGUACCUCUACAAGAAGAACAAGCGCUACGCGCAGUCGCUCAAGCUCUCCAAGGCGGACAAGAUGUACAAGGACGCGAUCGAUACGGCCAACGACUCGGCCGACGCGGAGCUCGCGGAGGAACUCCUCCGCUUCUUUGUCGACGCGCACGACAAGGAAUGCUUUUGCGCGGCGCUCUUUACGUGCUACAAGCUCAUCAAGCCCGACGUGGCCAUGGAGCUCGCGUGGCGCAACGGCUACGUGGACUUCGUCAUGCCGUACAUGAUCCAGUACGUCAAGAACCUCCACGAGAAGAUCAAGGUGCUCGACGAGCGCACGGCGCCCAAGGAAGACGCGAUGCCCGCCGAGACGCUGCCCGGCGUCGUCGACCCGCAGUUUGCGAUGGGCGGCAUGGGCGCGCCCGUCAUGGCGCUCGCCAACGCGGCGUACAACGACCCGAGCGCCUACGGCAUGCAGCAGCCGGGCUAUGGCAUGCAGCAGCCCGGCUACGGCAUGCAACAGCCGGCCUACGGCAUGCCACAGCCGCAGUAUGGCGGCAUGGUGCCGCCGCAGCAGUACGGCGCGCCGGGCCAGUAUCAGUAUUAACGCGUCCGAUCGGAGAACGAAUAAGACGAUUGCUCGUCGCCCACUAAUUAGGAAAGAGUUCAUACAUG